AUGUUGGCGCCCCAAGUAUUUAUACUCUCCACUCUUUCGACGCCAUUGCUGUUUUUUGUUGACGGAGGAGAUAAAAAUGGAUCCCCUUUGAAAUAUAUUGCUAGUGAGAAAUGGAAAGUGUUUUUUUCGCACGGAUCAAAGAAUAGCAAUUUUUUUUUCAUUCAUUUGUAUUUGCGUUGUUUAUUUUCUCCACUUUUUGUAUGUUCAUUUAUCUGUAACACAUUUCCGUUUCGUCCUCUUUCUUUUUUAAUUUCGUCUCUUUUCUUUUUGAACUUUUUUUUUCAUUUAUGUUUGUACUCUUUACCAAUCUUAGUUGAUCUCUUAGAUUUUUCCUUCUUUUUCACAUUUUCGUUUUUUCUCUCUUUCUUUUUUAUCAUUUGUUACUUUUCACCAAACUUUCUUCCUUAUUUUUCAUUCAUUUAUUCGUCUAAGUAUUUGGUUAAUUCUCCUUCUUUUCAUCGUAUUUUUUCCUUUUCUUUUCUACGUUUCUUUUCUUCCAAUGCUUCUUUUACAAUUUCCUCGUUUCUUUUCUUCUUAAAUUAA